CAUCACCCACGUCGCCUGUCGGGCGCAGCGCUUCGCGAGCGUGAAAAACGAUUGGAGAACGAGAACUGACAUCGGAGAUUGGAGAACGACGUCGUGGUAAGGACAACUUGUAGGAGAAGGGACGUGUUUCCGAGCACCUUAUUGAUGGAUGCGGAUGAAUGCGGGCGCGAAAGUGACCGCCUCCCCUAAUUACCAAGUUGCUUCGUGAUUACUUGGGGGUUAACCGACGUCAUUGCCUAAGCGAGUUCAUUUCGUCGAAAGCAGCAGGACGAGUACCAGGAAGAGAGGAGACAUCAGGCGGCGACUACGACGACGGAGGCGGAAGACAUCGACCUGCGGUAGUGGCGGCAGUGGCGAACACGCAAUUGCGUGUUACCUCUCCGCCGGAGAUUAUUACGAAAUCGAAGCGAGAAGAUUAAUAUUACUAUAAAGUAUGUCGUUGUGGGCGAGAGCACAACAAUUGCCGGAAGAUUUACUUGAAGAAAUACGUGCUGUGUAUGCAGAGAAUACAUUUCCAAUUGAAGUACGGCAUUAUUUGUCAGUAUGGAUAGAAGAAAAAUUAUUGAAUAUUGUAGAAUCGAAUAUACAUAAUGAACAGUAUAUAUCUGAUCUAAUUGGAGCUCUGAUUCAAGAAUUAGAAACAAAAGCAAAUAAUAUACAAAGCGGAGAAAUGUUUUUGACAAAAUUAAAGUUGAUGGAGGCUGCUAAACUAUUUCGUCAAAAAUAUGGCGAAGAUCCAAUGAGGCUGUUUCAUACAAUUAGAUAUUGCUUAGGAGCAGAGAUGAAACUUGUAGCACAAGUUGAAAAUUUAGGUAAUACAUUCAUGACUAAUGAUAAGAUGAGUAUAAUAAACAAUUCAGGCACAGAAAUAAAACAACAGUUUGGAAUUUUGCGGCAAAAUGUGAAUGCGAAUGCGAACUUUAUACGAAUGAUUGAAGAACAGCAAGAAGCUUUUGCUCUCCUUUAUCAUGACUGCACAAAGGUGACCGUUAAUUUGCAACAACUUCUUUCACAGAAUCAUCAAAAUUUAGAAUCAGAGAAAAAACAACUCAAAAGACAAAAAGAACAUGGAGAACAAUCAUUGAAUAAUAAAAUAGCUUAUAUAUUCAACUUACGUGUGGAAUCUGUUGAUAAGAUGAAAGAUACAAUUCAUAGGUUGAGUAUGUUACAAUCAAGAAUCCUCGAUGAGGAACUUAUCAGUUGGAAGAGAGAUCAACAGUUAGCGGGCAAUGGAGCAACUUUUACCAGUAAUUUGGACCUCAUUCAGAACUGGUGCGAGAAUCUUGCUGAUAUAAUCUGGACAACUCGACAACACAUCAAAGACGGGGAACGUUUGAAGAGCAAGUUCCAACCAUUCGAACCACAGACGAUGCUACAGAAUAUUUUUCCAACUUUAAACUCUCAAAUUACACAAUUACUCAGUUCGUUAGUCACGAGUACUUUUAUCAUUGAGAAACAACCGCCGCAAGUCAUGAAGACCAAUACUCGUUUCACAAGCACAGUUCGCCUUCUUGUUGGUACCAAAUUGAAUGUUCAUAUGACACCGCCGCAAGUAAAAGCAAGUAUAAUCAGCGAAUUGCAAGCGAAUGCUUUGCUGAAAAACGAUAAAAUGAAAAACGGCGACGCCAGCGGCGAGAUUUUAAAUAACACUGGUUCGAUGGAAUAUCAUCAGACAGCUGGACAACUUUCGGUGAGCUUUCGCAACAUGCAGUUGAAGAAGAUUAAGCGAGCUGAAAAAAAAGGCACAGAAUCUGUAAUGGAUGAGAAAUUCUCGUUGUUAUUUCAAUCGCAAUUUACUAUUGGCGGCGGCGAAUUAGUAUUUCAAGUUUGGACGCUGAGUCUGCCCGUAGUUGUAAUUGUACAUGGAAAUCAAGAACCGCAUGCUUGGGCCACAGUUACUUGGGACAAUGCUUUCUCUGAAGCAGGUAGAGUGCCGUUUCUCGUACCCGACAAAGUACAAUGGCGACAAGUUGCAGAAGCUCUAGACAUGAAGUUUCGCUCGGCUACCGGUCGCGCUUUGACCCCGGAGCAUCUUAAAUUUCUUGCGGAAAAGGCAUUUCGCGGUACUGUACCGCAAGAUUACUCGAAUACACUACUGAGCUGGGCUCAGUUUUGUAAGGAACCAUUGCCCGAGAGAAGCUUUACUUUUUGGGAAUGGUUCUAUGCUAUCAUGAAGUUGACCAGGGAACAUUUAAAAAAUCCAUGGAUAGACGGAUGUAUUCUUGGAUUCAUUCGGAAGAAACAAGCGGAAGAAAUACUAGCUGAUUAUGAAUCGGGCACUUUUUUGAUGCGAUUUUCCGAUUCUGAACUCGGUGGUAUUACUAUCGCAUGGGUUGGAGAUAAUAAAGAAAUUUUUAUGCUGCAGCCAUUUACGGGCAAAGAUUUCGCUAUUCGUAGCUUGGCGGAUCGCCUUUUCGAUCUACAUCACUUGAAAUAUCUCUAUCCAACUCUUAAUAAAAUAGAGGUUUUUAACAAAUACACUACUCCAGUUAGUGAGCAAACAUCGACGAACCCUAAUGGAUACAUCAAGCCGCAAUUAGUAACACAAGUGCCAGCUUUGAGCGCGCUCGGUUUCGGUGGACAAACGCCGUCUCAUUCCUCCAUAGCGAGCGUAAAUAACAACAUCCAAACUAGACCAAGUGAAAGCUAUCCUGCCACCCCGCAAACCAUGUUUCAAACGCACAGCCCCGAUCCUUCUGUAAGGGACACCGCCUCUGUAGCAUCAAGUUAUGCUCCGGGUCUCGGCCAAUCAAACAUCGGACAAAGCUCGGACUUGGACUUGGAACUGAUGCAGCCAAUUGAUGAUAAUCUUAACCAAUCAAUCUUGGACCCGUUGAAUAGCUUCAACUUUGACUUCAUAUCGUACAACGCUAAUAAGCUGCAGUAAGAGGUAUGCGAAAUAUAUCUUUAUCGUUUGGCAAAGAUCCGACGAAUGAUGAUUAUCAUAAAGCGCAAUUUUUAUCUUUCUUCGAUCUCUGUUUACGUCUGUUGUUUUACACAAACAAAUGAUUUAUAUGAAAAUUGAUGCAACAGUAAUAUAUAUAUCAUUGUUGUAUCAAUUUUCGUGCAUCAGUGAUGCGCGAAUUAUUUAACACAAGGAGGGAAUUAAUGUUGUAAUCCUAAAGUGAAAUAUGUUAACUAAUUAUUUUUUUCUCUUUUUUUUAUAA